AUGCCCAAGAUGUGUCCACCAGGGGAAGGACGACGAACAAUUUCAGGACUAAAGAAAGACAAGGCAAAGGCACUCGACCUUCCCAUCCUGGAAAGACUUAAAAGCCAGCGCUGGGGGGCAUUAAAUAGCUUUUCUGAGACCUGUUGGCACAACACUGCAAGUGGAUUAAAUGGCUUUUCAGAUCUGAGUUCCAAAGCAGCCACCUUUCUCUCCAAGACCGACGCGGAACAGCCUGCAGGGCUCCCCAUUGCGAUGCAGGCCGGAGGCUCCCUGGAAGUGCUUGCCCUGGCUGUGAAGACAGCGCCUCCAGUCUCCCAUCCUGCCCCGCUCCACGCACACCUGGCUCUGCUUCGCCCCUCCCUGGAGAGACACACUGGGAAAUCGUGCGCGGGGCGCAGAUGGCUCGGGAUGCUGCGCUUGGAGCUGGCUGUUUGCAAGCCAGCAAGUCCAGCUUCCCUCAGACUGCACACGCUGAGCCCCAAUCCGGUCGUGCCUGCCGCCUGGCUUUCAGGGAAACUUUCCAGAAGCGCCUGGUCUACUGACCCCGCCGCUGUAAAGUGGGAGGAGGCGCUGGGCGGAGGGGCGGCGAGGGAGCGGGAAAAACAGCGGAAUCCCGUUUCCUUUCCCGACGUCCACAACUACCGGACGGCUCCCUGGCUCCCCCCGUACCGCUUGGGUCCAAAACGCGGAGAAUCGGGACAAGAGACACUUCCCGCCCCAUCAGGAUCAGGCAGGGUGGGUGGGCACUACCCCGCUUACUCUCCAGCGCCCCAUUGCUCCCAUGGCAGCGCCCUAGGACACAGUGAGGAGUCGGGACAGAGCCCUUGUCUGGGUUUCAAACCCAGGGCCAUCUCCUGCCAGGUCUCUCACCCUUCCCCCUCCUGGGUCAUCUUUCCAGAGCGAGACCGCGCUGAUCCAGGAGGAGGGCGUACCGUGCGCCAGCCCGGUGCAAAGGGCUCGGUGUCUCAUGAGGGACGCAGUCGCGACGGGCUAUAUCCUUGCAGCUCGAGUUGGGAGCUGCGGAGGAGAACAGGACCCAGGGCGGGGGCGCCGCGUCACCCGAACGGCUGCUCCCGGACACUUAUUCGAGCAAACAAAGCCUGGAACCUCUGGUGGCAGCGGCCACAGGAGCCAGGAUCUCACCAAGAGACAGGGCGCGCGGGUGCCCAGGGCCAUUACAAGUUUCUCGCACUCCACGGAGCCCAGCCCAGACCCCACACUGACAACAAAAGAUUCUCUCCGCUUCCACACCGUCUCCGCGGAACCCCUUCUCCCACCUGGCUCUGGACGAAAACAGCGCUGUUCUACCCAACCCCCUCCAGCCCUCGAGGGCAGAACCCCUUCCUCCGCCUUCGACACCGGGCCAGGGAGCUUCCGAGAAUCCCACCCUCUAGAGCCCGCUCUGCUCCCUGCUUGGCCCGCGUGAGAAUGAGCCUUGGGUCUCGCACACACACACACCCCCGGGAGGAACAGCCAUACGCGCCGUCGCGGCCCGGGGCGGCGCCGGGCGUGUGCGCAACGCGGGUGGGAAAGCUCUCGACUUGUAGCCGGGCGUACUCUGGGGCGCGGGGCUUGGAGGAAAGGCUGGCAGGGCUCACGGUUCCCCCCCAGGACCGGGCAACGCUCGAGAAACAGAGACACAAGACAAAAUAAAACGCAGGCACCACAAAGCCGACAGCACGCGCUAGCCACGGCCCCGGAACCCUCAGGCUGGAGUUCUGCUGCCCGGGAGGUGGGGAGCGCCGGGGCGCCCGGGCCGUACCUUUUCGGUGCAUCGACGGACAGGCGGCCGGGGCUCGGAGCGGACUGGUACAGCGUGUAUCCCAUUUAGUAAUCCAUUAUCGAGGGGAUCUCUCCGGGCCGCGGGCUGCGCUCUCUCCUUCGCAAGCCUUUGUCAUUCCUACAUGUGUGCUUGUCUCUUUGGGGGAAAUAGUCGCGGCGACUACUUUCUGGGAUGCAAACGCGAUGUGUUCAUCUCCAAUGACGAGCGGAGAAGGGGAGAGGAAAAAAGAAAGAAGCCAAAAAAAAAAAAAAAGAAGAAAAAGAAAAAGAAAACAAGGAAGAGGGUAAAUGUUCAAGAAACUCUUCUCCAAAUGCAAAUUCCACUUGGAUUCCACUCCGCAGGGAGGAAAGUCCAUGUGAAGAUACAGUGAGAAGGCAAGAAGGCAUCCAUCUGCAAGCCAGGAAAAGAGCCCUUACCAGAAACCAAAUGCUGUGAGAACUUGAUCUUGGACUUUCCAGCCUCCAGAACUGUGAGAAAAUUAAUGUCUGUUGUCUAAGCCACACAGUCUGUAGUAUACUGUUAUGGGAGCCUGAGCAGAUUAUGACAGAUGUCAAAGAGGACUUCAGCCUUAGCUGAUAUGUUAGCUGUAAUCUUUUUAUGUUUUAGAAUGAGAAUGUAUUUAUGUAUUACUCAUGCAAUUAAAACAUUAACUUUUUAAA